UUGACAGCUGUCAGUUUUUAGUUUUCUUCACUUAACGUAAAUAGUUUACUUAAGAUAUGGUUGUGAGCCAAAUAAAUAACGUUUUACGCCAAGCACUUCAUACCUUUACAAAUACGGAAGGUUUUCCCACUAAUUUAGAAUUACUACGUAACCUCUUAAAAUGUACAACUGCAGCUGAUGUAAGUUUAGAUCCAAAAUUUAAAUCGGAUGCUUUAUGGGUUACACCCGAUAAGGCCCCCGUUUCUUACAUAAACAUAUUUGAGAAUGAUUUAUUAACGAUGGGAAUUUUUAUACUAAGACCAGGAAUGAAAAUCCCUUUACAUGAUCAUCCCCAAAUGUUUGGUCUUGUUAAAGUGUUAAUGGGACAAAUUCGAAUAACAAGCUUCUCUGUAAAUGAUAUCCUUAAUAAUUGUGUAAUAAAUGCUACAAAAGAUCCUGAUAUCAUCAUGGAUAAUGAGUCAGACGUUUGUAUGUUAGAACCAGUUUCAAGAAACAUUCACGAAAUUGAAAGCAUCGGGGGCCCAGCUGCUUUCUUAGACAUAUUAUCACCUCCAUAUUCGAAAAGGGAAGGUGGUGAUGAUGUUCGAGAAUGUACUUACUUUAUGGUUAAAGAGUGUUUGGGAGGAUCUUUAUUUAAAUUGCAACAAAUCAAACCACCAAAUUGGUUUUGGACCGAUCAUUAUGAGUAUGAUGGACCAGAAAUAAUUUAUCAAACAAAAAGGCUUUUUCAUAAAUAAUUAUUAUUCUUCAAAUUAGAUUUAGUUAUUUAUUAUUGUUACUACUUUGUUGAUUUUUUUUAUAAAGACAAAAAUAGGUUUAAUUAUAAUUUUGUGAAUAAAACAUUGUUUGGAGAUGAAUUUUUGAAAUAAUUAAGGUGCAAAUGUAUGUAUAUAAAUAAAGAUGAUGUAUUGAUUUUUGUGAAGUAUGUGGCAGCAACUGAUUGAUAUUAAUUUAUGUUUAUUUGAUAUUAAAAUAAACUUAUUUAAUACUG